GGGCGAGAGAACGAGAAAGAGAGAGAGAGAGAGAAUGUAGAGGGUACCAAGACUGGCCUCUGGGCCCUGAUUGGCUCCUGCUCCAUCCUUGGGGGGCAUACAUUUAAAAGCCCAGCCCAGGUGAGAGAAGCCCAGAGUCAGACGGAAAGACGGUGGCUAACAAGACCCUUCCAAGCCAUCCAGACACCACAACACAGCCCAGAUGCUACGGAACGCCUUUCUUACGGCCCUCUUCAUCCACGGUCUGGUGGUGAAUGCAGCCUCUUCCUCUUCAUCAUCGGAGGAAGAUGACGGUAGCAGCGAACACGAGAAUGAAGAACACAAAAAAGCACACUCACAUCACUGGGGUUACACUGAUCAGCUCUCGUGGGGCUCCGUCUUCAACGACUGCAAUGGACAAUCCCAGUCUCCCAUCGACAUCAACACCAACACAGCCAUCUAUGAUGCCCAAUUGCCCUCUAUUAAACUGGCUGGCUAUGACCUGACAGACAACACUGCUCUCACUCUGUUGAACAACGGACACACACUUCAGCUGAGUCUCCCCGGCAGCAUGCGUGUGGUCAGCGGCUUCGACCGGAUCUACCACGCGGCACAGCUCCACUUCCACUGGGGCUCGGUAGAGGAGCCGGGCUCAGAGCACACCAUAGACAACGUCCACUUCCCCGCAGAGAUCCAUGUGGUCCACUACAACUCUAAGUAUGCCAACCUCUCAGAAGCAGCCACUAAGGAAGAUGGACUGGCUGUCCUUGGAGCGUUCAUCGGAAUCGGUCUGCAUGAGAAUGAGAACUAUGAAAAGAUCCUGUCGGCCCUCACCGAUGUCAGUCUGGAAGAGACUAAAACAGAAAUCCCAGGGUUUAACGUCCGUCAUCUGCUGCCAAACAGUCUGGAGCGAUUCUACAGAUACACGGGAUCCCUGACCACUCCUCCCUGUUUCCAGACGGUCAACUGGACCAUGUUCAAUGAUACCAUUACAGUGUCCAGGAAACAGGUCAGUUGGCUUCUCACAAAAAGAGCAAACAAAAAAAAAAAACGGUAUAAAAAUGAAUGCUGUGACUUCCUGUUCUCUCUCCUUGACUUCCUGUUCUCGCUCCUUAAUCCUCCCCGCUCCCUCCCCCAGCUGGCCGCCUUGGAGGACACCCUGAAGAUGGAGCAGAACCAACUCCUGAGCAAGAACUUCCGGGCCCCUCAGCUCCUGCACGGCCGACGGGUGGUCUCGUCGUUCAGCGCCUCGCCCGAACCGCAGGGCCCCAAAAUCAUUCCCCUGACGGAAGCCGGUCCCGGCACGAGAGUUAGAGCCUCCACUGGAGCAGGCCUCGCUGGACUCUCCAGAGGUGAUAUCCUAGCCAUAGCGUUUGGAGCGCUCUUUGCCGUCACUCUGCUGGCUUUCUCAACGUAUGCCUACCAGCAGCGGAAAAAAUACUCGAAGUUCAAAAAAGAUUCCCGUCAGAAUGUCAUCUACAAGCCAGCAACAAAGGAGGAGGCAUAGACACCCAAUCACAUUUCUUCACCACUCACUUUGCAAUAUGUAUGUUGUUCUUUAAGGAUUAUUAGAAAGCUUAUAUACUGUGCACAGGUAUUAACCAAUACCCUGAACGCUAAACGUGACAUAUCAUAUCCCGGUGGAAGUAGUCUGUCAUAGUGGAAGUGUCCUUAUUGCAGACAUCUUGCGUCAUAAGUGUUUAGAAGUUAGAAGAAGGCUAAGGUUGCUGUAUUUAUUUAAAGUUGAAGUUCUUCACUUGGCAUUGUUAGACGUCCCACACAGGACUAAAUCUAAAUUACCUCAUAGAUAGUUACGUUUGUGAUGCAGACAACAAAAAAAACUUGUACCUCUAGAAAUCUGUUCUUAGUAAGGAAGAAGUUCCAGGUUUGCGUUUAUAUUUCAAGAAAGACUGAAAGAUUGAAUGUAUUUACUGUACAUAUUUUUAUGUCUUGCUAUGCUAUUGUGUGAACCGUUGAAGCCUGUAAUAUUUCCUUCUCAUCACUAUGCUGUAAGAUGUAUGAAAAUUGUAUGUGUUUUUGAUCUGUAUAUGGAACAAUAAACAUUCUGUGUUUGUCUUC